AUGUCACUAAUAUCGGCCUUUCGACCACGCUCUACAAGAGUCUCCUCCAUUCGAGACACAAGCCGUGCCAGACGACGUAGGCGGCCAAGCAGACAAGAGCCUUCGGAAUUUGAUUCAGAAGGUCAUCUUCAAGACCCAGAUGCCCACUCAAUCAUUACACCCUCAAAGCAUACACCAAAGCCUCUACGGAUGUUACGAGGCUCAGUGGCAGCUGGUGGUCCGCUUCGUCCCUUCCGUCUAGUGAAGCAGGACAUUGCCAACCUCCGUCGGCGGUAUGUGUCUGACUGGACAGUGUUCAAUCAACUGGUAUUUGCCAGCGCAGUCUAUGUUUUCUUUACAAAUCUUCUACCAGGAAUCACUUUUGCGAGUGAUCUAUACGUCCUGACUGGCAAGAGCUGGGGAACUAUUGAAGUCGUCUUGAGCACUGGGUUGUGCGGAAUCAUAUUUUCACUAUUUUCAAUCCAACCCCUCACAAUCCUUGGCGUGACCGGUCCUUUCUCGGUCUUGGCUGAGAAUAUCUACUCAUUAUGUGAAGAGGUUUUCAAAAUUCCUUUCCUACCAUUCAUGGCAUGGUCCCUGAUACAUUCCGGCUGGAUGCACUAUAUCCUAGCGAUCAUCAAUGCCCACGACUGGACAAUGCGCUAUGUGACGACCUUCGCAACGGAGAUUUUCUCUCUCCUCAACAGUAUUAUCUAUUUCCACAAGGCUAUCCAAGAGCUUGAAAGAGCACAUGAAAGUCUAUCUUUCGCGGCAUUUCUCUAUGCCGUCAUUGGUGCAGUCGGAACAAUGCUCCUUGCUAUCUUCCUAUCCACAGCAGAGGGUUGGAAGCCACUAUUUCACCGCUACAUCAGACUAGGCCUGACUGAAUAUGCCGCUGCAAUCUCCAUCAUAGUAUUCAUCGGUUUGCCAUACGUGGGCGAAUUGGCUGAUCUUGAUAAAAUGACCUUACCGGUCAGCACAUCAUUUCAGCCAACAUCCCCAGAGCGGGAGAUCUUCUUCAUCGAAUUUUGGAAACUACCAGUCUCCUGGAUCUUUGCUUCAAUGAUCCCUGGUCUAAUCAUAACGGUGCUUUUCUUCUUUGACCACGAGGUCAGCUCAAUAAUUUGCACCAUUGAUCGAUAUGGCACUCGCAAACCAGGUGGAUUUGCUUGGGAUAUCAUCUUACUCGGAACAACUACGGCUCUUUGUGGGAUUUUGGGAAUACCGCCUUCUAAUGGUCUUCUCCCGCAAGCUCCGUUGCACUCUGAAUCGCUUAUGCAUGAGGAAACAGAGACUGCAAGUGUCAUCGUGGAUGGCGAAGAGAAGAUCGAAAGAAAGCAAGUCCGGCGUGUGUAUGAACAGCGCUGGUCGACACUUCUUCAUUCAGGGGCUAUCUUGCUCUUUGUGAGCCCGCCGUUCAUGAAAGUCCUCGGCCUAACCCCGACCAGUGUGUUGGCUGGGCUGUUUCUUUUUAUGGGGGAGCAGAGCUUGUCGGUGAACCCUAUUCUAUAUCGCACUUUCUACCUUCUUACUCCGCCAUCUGAGCUACCACCGCUCCCACAGUCACUGCACAAAGUAACGGAGCAAAACUCAGCCAAUAGCCAGGAGAUACCACCUCGCAACCCAUCAUAUCUCCCAAUACAUCUCUACACGAUAUUGCAAAUUUGCAUAACAGUCGUGGUCUUCAUCUUGACACUGACAAGAGGAGCACCCGCAUUCCCAGUUUUGAUAAUCGCCCUCGUGCCCUUCCGUCUCCUGAUAAUGAAACGCUGGUGGCCGCGUGAAGUGCUCCGAUUCGUGGAUGCUUGGGCUUGUCGCGAGGGAACGCCAGAAGAUGAAGAGGACGAAAAGUUGAACAAAAGUCGUACAACGGGUGAGGAUUCUGGUGCCGAUCAGCUAUUCGGCGAAGGUACCCGUCAUAGCCAUUCUGGGGCCCAUGAUGCAUCACCACGAGCUGAACCAUAUACCGUAUCACAGCAACGAAAUGGCAACAAUAUGGAGCUCGCAGAUCAGAGGGCGUGGGGCAUGAGCAGCGAUGAAACGAACCACGAAUGGAUCGAGCUUGGUGAUCAAGCCUUCCCAGAUGAAGAGCUAGGACGACACAGAUAG